GGUGCCGGAGGCGGAUGCGGCACUCGAUCUGUUCUGAAUUCUGCGCCGAUAUCAUAAUCCGUUCAUCGCGCUGGCUUGAACACUGAGCUUAUGCUGCAUAGAUAGUGCAUUUGCAGCUUACGGGACAAACGUGCCACAACUCUGUCUGCUGACUUUCUUUCAAUACAACUGAAUAGUACAUCGGAAGCUUUGAAAUAACAUUGGCAGAAGCGGCGAGGACCAGGCGGAGAAGAUGGCUUUCCUAGUUGCUGCUAGGAGGCAACUGAAAGGAGGUCUGUCAUUAGCGGAGGUAGCGCUGCCAGUAUCGGUGCUUGGCACCUGCACGCGCAGCAACGCCGUGUUUACUGAAGCGCUCGCGGGUUGCAGUGGCGCAUCGCUUCAUUGCAGCGCUGAGCAGCCAUUGAGUCGCGCGACUAGCUAUUCGGACGCGGGCGCGGGCGCGGCCGGAGUACCGGCGUGUGGCAGUGCGUCGCCCCGGCAGCCUUCCCCGGAGCCCUGCAGCAGCUCCGGCUCUCAUGCCACCUUCAACAGCCUUGGCCGCUACCGCUCUCAGCAUGUAGGCAUCUCUCGAGGCGCCUCGGCCCUGUCCGCACUUGCGGAGGCUUCGGCGUCGCCAUCCCCAGCGUCCAAUCUUCCCCGCGGUCAACAUCAACAUCAGCAGCACCACCACCAACAGCUCCGAACCUAUCACGCCUGGUACUAUGGAAGCAAGCUGCGCAACCGGGCGAUCUCGCAGGCGGAGUCGUUGGAGGAGCUGGGCGAGAUGCUGGUGCGGGAAGGGCACAGGCUGGACCACGUCAACCUCACAGCCCUCCUGGCGCAGCUAAAGCGAGUGGCACGGGCGGCGGAGGAGGAGGCUGUAGCAGAGGCCACCGGCGGCAGUAGCAGCAGCAGCAGCAACAGCAGCAGCAGCGGUUCGUCAGCGGUCACGGCGGCGGCGGCUGCGGCGGCGGCGCGGGCGGUGCGGGUGCGGGUGGCGGAGCUGGCGGCGGUUGCGGCGCGGCUGGUGCGGCGGCGGGCCAAGUGGUACGACCCCCGGCACGCGGCGCUGGCUGUGGCCCACACGGCGGCGCUGCGGCACACGGACGGCCGCCUGCUGCACGACAUGACCGGCAGGGCGCUGGCCAGGCUGGACGAGGCCUACAGCCGCGACGUGCUACUGCUGCUCCGCGGCCUGUGCGCCCACCAGCACAUGCAGCAGCUUGCAGCCGCCUCCUCCCCCCCGGCUGUAGCAGCAGCAGUGGCACCCGCCGUGCCGGCUGUAGCAGGUGCCGGCAAGCCGUACGGCGGGGCGCCGGCGGUGCUGCUGGGGGGUGUCAAGGUGUUCCUGACGGCCAAGGUGCCUACCGGCCGCAUGCCGCCCGAGAACCUGGCCGGGCUGCUGCGCCACUGGCGGGCCCUGGCGCCGCCGGGCCGCCGCCUGGGGCCGGCCGUGUGCGGCGUGGUGGCGGCGGACCUGCAGACCCGCACCGCCAUCUACGCGCCGGAGCCGCUGGCGGGCGUGUUGGCGACUCUGUCGGCCGAGCGACACGCGCUGCCGCCGCCGCUGCUGGACGCCGCGGCGGAGCAGUUCGCGGCGCACGCGCUGACACACGGCAGCGGCGCCGCCGCCGCGCGCUUCCUGGCGGCGGUGGGCGCGCAGCUGCGGCUGCAGCAGCAGGCUGCAGCGGCAGGCGAGGCCGCGGUGGCGGCGGCGGUGGCCGCGGUGGCGGAGGGCCCGGCGCCGGGCGGGGCGCAGUGGCUGGAGCAGCACCCGCGGCUGCUGCUGGCGUGUCUGGAGCUCAUGACACGGGACCUGUCGACCGCCAGCCUGGACCGCGCGGCUCGCUGGCUGCACGUCCUGGCGCGGAUGCAGGCGCCGCUCGCCGCCGCCGGCACCGCGUCAGCAGCAGCAGCAGCAGCCGACGCAGCAGCCCCGGCACCGGACGCGGCAGUAGCAGGCGGCGGCGCCGCCCUGGCCGCCGCGUCCGCCGCUUUCGUGCGCGCUCACUCGGAGGCAGUGGAGCGCGAGCUGCCGCGACUGAGGCUGCCCGCGGCGGCAGCAGGCGCGGCGGCGGGGACGGCGGCGGGGGCGGCGGCGGGGACGGCGGCGGGGGCGGCGGCGGGGGGCGCAGCGGCGGCGGCUGAGGCGGGCCUGCAGCGGCUGCGGGCGUCGUAUGAAGCGCUGCGGCUGCCGCUGCCACGAGGGCUGUGAUGAGCGAGGAUAGAUAGGCAGAGGGCAUCGCGGGUGUCGCGGCGGGCCUUGUUUGAUCAUGUGCUUCACCAGGUUUACUUGUCGUGCAGUCGUGGUGAAGUGGUGGGGUGGUGGAUGGACUGGAGGGCAGAGGCGGAAUCGCUUGGCGCCGGCACUGUGUGGCGACCAAUAGAGCUGCAUGGGGCCACUAGGGGCGGUGGGGCGGUGGGGCGGCCACCCCUCGGCGGAGAGGUUAGGUGGGUAGGUGGGUACAUGCGUGGGCACACGACACACGUGCCGUGCCGGACGAUGGGUAAGACGGCGCACCGUUUGUGGUUACUGUGCCGCCGCGCGCGUGACUGCAGCACAUGUUGGCUGUAACUCUGCUGCGGU